CCUGGUCGAAGCGCUUAUAACCGCGUAGAAAGGAGAAUGGCCCCACUGAGCCGCGAGCUCUCAGGGGUGGUUCUGCCUCACGAGCAUUUCGGAAGCCAUCUUGAUGCACAUGGUAGAACAAUCGACGAGGAUUUGGAGAUCGAAAACUUCAAAUUUGCAGGAGAGGUAUUGGCCGAAAUAUGGAGUGAAUUGACAAUCGACAAUUAUCCUGUGAUUGCUGAAUAUUUCGGAACAGGAUCCGAAAAAUCGGUUGAAGCACCAUCUUUAGAAUGGUACGCCUCACAUGUGAGAGAAAGCCAAUACUUUCUCCAGAUUGUGAAAUGCAAUGAUGUUGCCUGCUGUGGAUUGCUUCGCAGUGAUUUAAAAAACAUAUUGCCGGACGGAUUUUUUCCAGCACCAUUCCCAAUGCGCCGAACACCCACUGGACUAACCAUUCCGGAACCAGAGGAGGUGUGUGAUGAAGACACCUUUCCUCCUUUUUUACUACGGAACGCGAUAAACAUGAAACCAAAGGCUGCAACAUACCCUGAUCCUCCCCCAUACGAUCUCUACUGCCCAUCGAUUAAUGAUCAGUUGACGGGACGACUUUGUGCGGAAUGUGGGUUGUAUUUUGCAUCGAAAUCGAAUGCAGCUCGUCACAAGAAAGAAAACCACGGUGUUCGUCUUUCUGAAAAAACUCGUCCCUCGAAGAUUCUAUGAACGACAAUUGAUGAAAUUUUAUGUUGUGUUGACGUCAACGGUCAGACUGAGGUCUUAUGGCUGGACAAGGAUACUGUGGAAGACAUUGAACUGGCGAAAGAAAGCGAUGUUGAU